UCAGUUGCGCAAGACAACACUGCUGUACCACAAUGAUGGCAAGACUGGCUGCUUUGAUUCUUCUCUGUGCAGUGUAUCUGAUUCACACUGCAGAGGUUCCUCAGCAGAUCUCUUUGACUGUGGUUGAACUUGGUGGGAUUACUACUUUUCAAUGUCCAGCCUCUGAGAAUCAAAGCAAAUUUUUUCACUGGUACAGGCAGUCUGUUGGAUAUAUGGUCCAAACAGUCGCUGCUGUUAUACUUGGCAAAAUAACAUUCAGCGAACCAUUUACAGACUCACGUUUCACAGUGACCAAAGUGGACACUCACUACUUUCUUACAAUCAGAAAUGUCACCAAAGAAGAUGAAGCAACAUACUUCUGUCAAAAUGGAUCGCCGUACUCACAGAGUUUUGUUAACGGCAUCUUCUUGGCUGUGAAUGAUCGUAAUCAGCAGAAAUCUGUGAAUGUGAAGCAACAUCCAGAGACAGCAUCAGUCCAGCCGGGACACUCAGUGACUCUCCAGUGUUCACUUCUCCUCAGGAAAAAAGAAACCAGAGUCCAGUGUCCACGUAAACACAAUGUGUACUGGUUCAAAGCUGGAUCAGGACAAUCUCAUCCAGACGUCAUUUACACUCACAAGAACAGCAGUGAUGAACAAGAGGAAAGGAGCUGUGUCUACAGUCUGUCCAAAACCAUAAGAAACUCCUCUGAUACUGGGACUUACUACUGUGCUGUGGUCUCAUGUGGAGAGAUCCUGUUUUCUAAAGGAACUCAAGUGGAAACUAAAAGACCAGAAUUAGACCCAGUUGUCCUUGUGCUUGGAGUGCUGUUGGCCUGCUGUGCGACCGUGAUUGUCGUCCUUACUUUCUACGUAAAGCGAAGAGUUUGUGAACAUUGCAAAGGAACAAAGAAUGGAGCCCAUCAUCCCAGACAUGGCAAGUCAACUAUGGAUCAAUCAAAUGAUUUGGAUGAUGAAGUGGCAGCGAACUAUGCAGCACUGGACUUCUCUGCAAGGAAAAUGAAAAGAGGAAAGAACAAGAGAGAGUCGCCACAAGAGUGUGUGUACUCUGUUGUUAGAGCAGAUAACCAUAACCAGUAGCAUCCCCCUCUAUAGGCCUAUGAAUUGCUCCCCAAGUCCCUUCAAAGGGCCUCAGCUUUGAGCGACAAGAAGCAGUUGUUCAUAUGUUCGGAAAAGUGGGUUGAUUUUGUUGGACAGGUUUGUUUUUCAGUUGUUUUGCAUGGCAUAGAUGUCAGUUUUGUUGUUUUGUUGACAUCAAAAAUUUAAUUUGUGGGGGAAAAAACAGCAUCUUCAAUCACUGUGAAUAAAAUCUGUCUAUUAAAGGGUAAAUCCAUUGAGAAGAAUUUAGCUUUUAGACAUGUUCACAUGAAACUGACACAAUAUGCUAAAAGACAGUUACACACAGCAGGCCUGUUAAAUCGACGUGAAUUGUUUUCAACAACAACGAGAAGGAAAAAGGAAUAUUGUACUUCAGACAUUUACUUACAAUGGCCAUACGUCAUACCAUGCAGUUUUGCGUCCCGGGUUCUAGCUAACAAUAAGAAUCUAUUAGAAUCGAUACCCAAAGCGGCCAAUAUUGAUAACCACAGUAAAUGCUCACCACUGCCUUCAUAUUAAAAACCAUUUAUUGUGAAGCACACAGGAUGUAAUCAGCACACCACACCACAGCCGAUGAACAGAGGUUAACUGAUAGGGCAACAAUGAGGCUCCUGUUGUGACAAUGACGUUUAAGUGACAAAAUGACUGCUGACAUAGAGUGAUAUGAUUGUUGUGGCCUUUCAUUCUGACUACAGUAGUUUUCUUCCACUGAAUUUUACUAAUCAUCACAGAAACUAUAAAUGUUCGGAAUUUGUAAACAAUGACACAAAUGUUAGGUAUCAGUGGAAACAAUGAGACAAGUGAAAUCAAAGUAAAUAAAAGUACAAAGGUGAAAUACUAUACAAUAAAGUAAGCAUGAAAAAAAACGUGAAAAUGACCGGAAAAUGUAGACUAUAUAAGCCCAACUGAAAUUCAAUUGCAGUGCUAUAUAGCAUACAUAAAUCACCUUUCCCGCUGUCUUUGAGAAAAAAAUCAGAAAAGGCAGAACAUUGUUAAGUAUCCAUUGAUGGAGAUCCUCCCAUUGUAGCCCCUCUAACUGAUAUUUCCUUUCUUCAUUUUUCUACUUCCUUUCUUUCUUUUAAUAAUAAAAAACUAUUAACACGUUUACUU